UCAUUUAAUUGGUUUUUAUCUUAAAACUACUAACCUUUUAUCUUAAAACUACUAUAUUUUUAUCUUAAAACUACUAAAUACUACUAAUCCUACCAUGUCAAGGCUUCUUAAAGGUUCCUGUACUGGAGAUACUCCUCUAAAUGAACCUUUGAGACAGCAAGGAAAGUGCCAAAUUGCUGCAAGGAACAAUUCAAGCCGGCAACCAGGGAAAGUGUUUGGAUGCUCAAAUUGGGGAAUGGCGGUCAACGUGUACUCUACCUCUAUAACCCAGGAGACUAUGAGCAGACAUGACAUCAUUGCAUGGGUUAAUGAUAUAUUAGCUUUAAACUACACAAAAGUUGAACAACUCUGUUCAGGAGCAGCUUACUGCCAGUUCAUGGACAUGUUGUUCCCAGGGUGCAUUAGCUUGAAGAAAGUAAAGUUUCAAGCAAAGCUGGAGCAUGAGUACAUUCACAACUUCAAACUUCUGCAGGCAUCAUUUAAAAGAAUGAAUGUGGAUAAGGUAAUUCCUGUGGAAAAACUGGUCAAAGGGCGCUUCCAAGACAACUUAGAUUUCAUUCAAUGGUUUAAGAAGUUCUUUGAUGCUAACUAUGAUGGGAAGGAGUAUGAUCCUGUGGAAGCUCGACAAGGCCAAGAUGCUCUUCCACCACCAGAUCCUGGUGAACAGAUCUUUAACCUGCCCAAAAAGUCUCACCAUGCAAACUCUCCAACUGCAGGUGCUGCUAAAUCCAGUCCAGCUUCUAAACCAGGAUCAACACCUUCUCGUCCAUCUUCAGCAAAAAAAGCUACACCAAGCAGCUCAGCAUCCAAAUCAGAUAAAGAUUUGGAAACUCAAGUCAUACAGCUCAGUGAACAGGUACAUUCAUUAAAACUUGCACUUGAAGGCGUGGAGAAGGAAAGGGAUUUCUACUUUGGCAAAUUAAGGGAGAUUGAACUUCUCUGCCAAGAACACGGGGGAGAGAAUAAUGACCUUGUCAAUCGGCUAAUGGAAGUCCUUUAUGCUUCAGAUGAACACGAGAGCCACACAGAUGAGCAUGAAGGUGAAGAGCAAGUCCAUGAACAGCCCCAGCAGCAGGAUGAGUACUGACUCAUGCAGCAUCUCUGACAAUUUUCGUUUUGUGUGAGAACUUUCUUCUGGAGAAUGGAACAUGUGCGGCCUCAAACUUGAAAUCAGUUCACUCCCAGUCUGCCAUUAACAUUUAUGUACCAUAGUGAGUGCCAGCCAACCACUGCAUUCUGUACCAAUACUUUGCCAAGAUGCAUUUGCAGGCGUCUUCUUUCAGUGUAUCUUCCCAAGAGGUUGUAGGGCUACAUCACCUACUGUACAUCACUGCAACGUCACCACUUGGCUGCUUGAGAUUUGUUCUGCUCUUUAAAAUAUAUAUAUAUUUAUUUUUUUUUCUUUUUCGUCUUAAGUAUGAUACACUUGUAACUUGUUCUAACAUAUUUAUAUUGGCAUUUUGUGUGGCAAGGAGUUCUGUACCACUAGCUGUGUCUCUCACUUUGUGGUGCUUUUGCAUUUUCUAGUACAUCUGCCUUGGGGCAUCAAUUUGGCCUACCAGUUGAAAUAAAGGGAUACAGUGGAUGUCAUACUCAAGCCAUAACGAUGAGGUUGUAUUGUGGAGGAAAACGCUUGUGUUGCUCACAUUUAUUCCUUUCCUGCCUUUACAAAUGGAAGGCAGAGCAUCUGUUUCACGGGGAGAUUUAAACCCCUGUGUUAGGAAGCUUGUUAGAAGGCUGCAUGGUAUGUUUUUUGGCUGAUUUCUGGAGGAACAGACACCCACUUAAGCUUUUUGAAAACCCUCCCAGUUUCCUAACUAGUCAAUAGACAUUUCCCAGCUUUUCUUCCUUUCUGAGGAAUCCAGUCCCAGCCUCCAGCCACAGCUCUACCUCUGCAGAGCUCAGUGCUGAGGGAGGAGAGAAAUCUCCUUGACACAAGUGUAGCUGCAGGACACAGUCUGUACCAUCAUUGUUGGCUUCCCUCUUCUCAGAAAAGGAGAAAGUAGGCCAGCCAUUUCUUUCCACUUUCCUUCCCCCUUCCGCUGCCCCAGCCAUACAAGUAUAGAAGACAGAAAUUUGGUCACUAGUGCAAAGUAUGGGGGGAAACAGCAGCAGCACUGGCCCCAAACUGUACCCCAAACUCCCCUGUAGGUGGAUGGUGGACACUUCACAAGUUUAAGGCUGCUUCUAAAGCAUGGAGAAGCAGUGAGGCGUCCUCCUGGAGACAGGGCACACAUUAGAAGGAGACCAUCUAACUGAGGGCAGAGAGCUGGUUCUGCUCUUGGCUGACCUUCCUCCUUCAAGGCCAGUAUGGUGCAGAACCUCGUGUGCACUGGAGAUGUCUGCAGUGGGAGUGUUCCCUUCCAGUGUGGUCCCAUGGCCCUGUUCUACAUGAUGGUAUUUUAUAAGGAGAGGUAUCUUGAAGUAUAAAAAGCAUUCCUUGUUUUUCUCCUACCACUGCUCAUUGUAGUCUCUCUGGUUAUUUAAUGCCUGGUAUUCUUGGUCUCUCACUUCAUUUUCUGAGUUCUGGUUUGUUGUGCUGAUUUAGCAGGUACGUGGAAGUCCCAUCCCAAUUGGCAUUCACUGAAAAACUCCACAGCCUAUUGGACAGCUAAAUCAUUUCAGAUGUCCAUAGGCUUCUAAAGUGUUAGGUCCCCAGCUAUGCUUCCAUAGAAGGGUUUCCAAUACAUCAGCCCCUAGGCACACACACAUGCACAUGCAGUUUUCCAUUCCUAAUCAAUCUUCUGCAGCUAAGUGGCUCUUAGUUAAAUGUGAGAACCCUGCUGUUGUGUUGCACCACCAAUAUAUAAAAUGCUGUUGAACACCAGAACAGGUAUUUCCAGUUCCUUGAUCCUUCCCCUGCACAGCAGAAAAGUUUCUGGACCCUGCAGGCUGAAGUUUUCCCAGCCCUGCACCCAGUAUUGACCUCACAUCCUACCCAGUGAUGAAAUCAAAGUACUGCAACCUGCAGGCCAGCGCUUUCCUCUCCCAUCUCAAUUGGUUACAAAUAAGGUCUGGUUUAUAAAAUUGUGGUUUUUCCAAAAUAAUUAUUUCCAAGAAUCACCACAAAUGGGGGAAUUGUCAUUUUUGUUGUAUUUGUGUUUAUUAGAACAUAUGUACUUAUUACAAUUGUCAUUGUAAUAAACAGUAGUUCUUCAUAAUACUGUUGAAGAGCAGUUACUGAUUUUUUUUCCAGACUCCAGAAUGUCCUUUAACCUUUAUGGGAUCUCUGUAUGGGGCAAGGAGUUUGGGAUCAGGCUAUAAACUUAAUUUCAUCAGCACAUCUCUGCUUACUGGAGUUCAUCCUUCUGCCAAUACUUGAGCAGGUACAUGGAGAGCACUUCAAGGGAAAACAUUUUUCUGAAGGUGCAAAUGGUUGGGGUUGCUGAACUCUCCAGACAGUUCACAGCCAGGCUGUUGUGCCUCUCUUCUUUCCUCUCUUUUGAAGCACAUAUGAAAAAAAAAAUUUAAAAAGCUGAACUUCGUUUCCUGAAAAUUCCUUGCAUCCUGUUUCUGAUCUGAGGACCAUAGCCUUCUCACUGCUUGUAUCAAGGGGGGAGUGACUGAUGUAGGGAGCCAGGGCAGUGAAAUUCUUUGGGGGCACCAGAAAUGUGGCUGUGCUGAGGGGAGAGCAGUGUUCUGAAGGGGAAAAAAUUGUCCUUCCCCCCCACCCCUCCACCCCCUGUGAGUAACCCAUUCUUCUGUUAUGGUUUUAAUAUGCAUUUGUAAUUACCUUUACUAAAUAGCACACCAUAAAGCUUUGGUUAUAUAUUAAAUGUAAACUGAAAGGAAUGUAAACAUAUGUAUUGUUAAUUAUAAAUAGAUAAGUAAUGGCAUAAUAGAUACAAAAAAGUCUUAUUCAGAUGUAUCAGUCAUUUUACAUUAUCCACAAACUGUCGCAUGAUAGAGUAGAUUUUUGUCUGAAUAUGUGAAUAACUUGACUUGCGUUUAUCUUUUUACAUAUUUAAUAAAAAAAUAUAUGUUAAAA